AUGAGUGCUUCGAUUCCUGGACAUCCAGGCAUGCGGGACAGUUGGAAAUCGACUGCGUUUAGGAGACGCAAAGGGCUGUGCGACUAUGUCUAUGUGGGUGCGUGUCGGCGGGGGACGGCGUGCAAGUUUAAGCAUUUCCAAGGCCCGUCUGCCGUUGUAUCGGCGAGCCCUCGCGAAGACCCGCACCCCAUUCAAGUUGUCCCGACGUACUACAGUAUACCGAGCCCGCCCCCGUUCAGCCCGGUAGUUUACCAGCCCAUGUGGCACCCCUGGGCCCUGCAGCUCCCAUCUCCCUCCGCAUCUAGGAGUUUCGCGCCGCUCGGGGUGGCCCAGCAGCUCCCCGACCCUUUGGGCAGCGACCUCUCGUCUGACGUCUCGUCCUGCUCUGAAGAAGGCUUUUCGCCACAGGACCCGAGCCGGGCGCUGCAGUACUACACAUCUGGUGGAAACAGUGGUGUGUAUGGCUACCCGCUCAGUCCUGCGAGCAUGCAGGUUUCGCCGUUUAGCCCUGUCAGCCCCGUGUACGCGACCCCGGCGCCGAUGGUACCGGCGCAGGCGACCCCUGCGGCUGGACGGGCUCAUCGCGGGCCUGCGGGCGAGCAUUCGCGGUGGAAGCGGUCUGUGUAUAAGACUAAGGUGUGCAAAUUCUAUGCGACUACGGGGCGGUGCACUAAGGGCCAUCGAUGCACGUACAUACAUGAGAGGGGAGAAGGAGGCGAUCCUCUGGCAGAGUCUUCCGCUCGGCCACCAGCAUCCACAUCUGCAGCCUCUUUGUCCGAGCGGCACCCGCGAACGCCACCUACACCUCUCGAUGGCAAGGAUAAGGUCAGGCCAAAAGACGUUGUCCACGAUGGGGACAGCACGGACCACGAGGACGGUUAUUAUCCUAUCAGCUGGCGGGUAAUCGGUGGAGGGGUGAUGAUGGGUGGAUCGCGACCACCCUGUCAGGCAUAUGCUGCUGGGCGUUGCUUUAAUGGCGAAGACUGUCCGUUCGCUCACAACACGGAGCUUGUGGAGGCAGAUGAUGGCGUUCUCUUUGCGAGAGACAUAGAAGCCGGAAUGGACUCGCUCCACCUCUCGCGCGAGAUACUGCAGGACGGUUCGACACUCCGAAAUCAGCGCAGACAACGUCCCAAAGGACGAGCACCGCCUCCGCUGAAUAUCCCGCCGCCCACUAUACCCGAGGUCGUUGAGAGAGAGGCUUCGCCAUUGCUUGAGGCCCAAGAAGAGGCAGAUCAUGAAGAGCCUGUUCGCGAAAAGUCUUCGGCACUCCUUAGUCCAUCAAGUUCGGGACAUCGACGCGCUCAGUCGAUGACGGCGAUACAAGAGUUACACGUGCGUCAGGACAGCCAUACGAGUGUGCAUGCUGCGGAGCUGUAG